AUGCGCACGCCUUGUCCUCUCCACUCCUACCGGCGCGCGGCGGAGGGGACCCUCACAGCCCCAGUCGUGACCCCGCCCCUCCGCCGUGGGUGGACCCCGGAGCGCUGCCUCCCCCCACCUGUGAAGCCGGGUUCCUGCUUAGGGUGGGGGCGGCCCCUCCCUGAUGCAGUGGACGGGGCAUGGGGACCUAGGGUCCCGUCUGGGCCAGCGGCUGGGCCUCCGUUUCCUCAUUCCUUGCCGGGGUGCUGCCCCCCCCACCGCCUGGCCCAGCCCCACCCGCUGGGAGGCUGGUGUUGGCGCACCAGCCGCCCCUCCCCAAAGAUGAGGAAAUGGAGGUGCAGAGAAAAGCCCUGCUCGUGGCCCGCCAGGCCCACUCCAGGCUGGGGGCGGGGGGGGUGCUGCUGCAGCUCCCCUUCAUGAGUCACCACCCUGCGUGUGUGGGCUCCUGCCGGGGGACGGCAGAGGGAGGCUUAUUUUCAGCGGCUCCUGUGGGUUGGGGCUGAGGGGGCGCGGGCACUGAGGAGGCCCUGCCCCCUCCAGGCCCCUCUUCCCGGCCCCACGAUGCAGCCCACGGCCACCAUGGCCACAGCCGCUGCUGCCACCACCGUGGCGCUGACGACCUCGUGGGACAAUGCCACGGGCCGCCCCACGGCAGAGCCCGAGGCCAUCCUGGACAACUAUGUACUGCUGGUGCUGGUCAUGUCGCUCUUCGUGGGUGGCACGCUGGUGGUCCUGUCCGGCGUGUUGCUGCUGUGCAAGCGCUGCUGGGAAGUGCACCGGCGUGUCCACAGAGCCAUGGAGGAAGCAGAAAAGACCACUACCACCUACCUGGACAACGGUACCCACCUAGCCCGAGACCCUGACUCCCGGGGCGAGGACCCAGAGGGCCAGGACGCGGAGACGGAGCGCUUCCUGUCCACCAGCGCCACCGGCCGCCGAGUCUCCUUCAACGAGGCAGCGCUGUUUGAGCAGAGCCGGAAGGCGCAGGACAAGGGCCGCCGGUACACCUUGACGGAGGGCGACUUCCAUCACCUGAAGAAUGCCCGCCUCACCCAUCUACAGCUGCCUCCGCUCAAGAUUGUCACCAUCCACGAGUGUGACUCAGGCGAGGCCAGUGCGGCUGCUGUGACCCACCCAGCUGCUGCCCCCAAGGCCAGCCUCGCCAUCUUCCAGUCCCCGGGGAAGGCCCUCACCGGCCGCUCUGUGGGCCCCAGCUCCGCCCUGCCAGGUGACCCCUACAACUCUGCCGCCGGCGCCCCUGACUUCGUGGAGAUCAGCCCCUCGGCGUCGAGUGACUCAGGGGAGGGCACCUCGUUGGAUGUAGGUGCCCGGAGCGCCAAGGCUAGUGGGCCAGGGGCCCCGGCAGGUCCUGGGGAGGUGGGCACCAGCUCCGGGGCAGGCUCUGUCCUGCAGUUCCUCACCCGCUUGCGGCGCCAUGCCAGCCUGGAUGGGGCCAGCCCCUACUUCAAGGUCAAGAAAUGGAAGCUGGAGGCCAGCCAGCGGGCGUGCAGCCUGGAUACAAGAGGCUCACCCAAGCGGCACCACUUCCAGCGGCAGCGGGCAGCCAGUGAGAGCAUGGAGCAGGAGGGGGACGCUCCCCACGAGGACUUCAUCCAGUACAUUGCCCGAGCUGGCGACACUGUGACUUUCCCGCCCCCCAGCCCCUUCCUGGCCAGCCCCACCAGCCCGCCCCCCGCUCUCGGCAGGCUAGAGGCCGAGGAGGAGCAGGGCACCGCGGGAGCAGGCAGCCCCGAGAUCCCCCCGGAGCGCGGCAGCCUGGGGCCCGAGCAGCAGCAGCAGGAUUCGGACGCCGAGCGGGAGGCCGGGCCGGAGCCGGCGCCGAGCGUCUACACGGACAUCUGGAGCCUACGCGCCUCGCUCGAACUGCACGCGGCCACCGCCUCGGACCACAGUAGCAGCGGCAAUGACCGCGACUCGGUGCGCAGCGGCGACAGCUCCGGCUCCGGGGGCCCGCCACCCGCCUUCCCCCCGCCCUCGCCGCCGCCCACGCCGCGGCCCAAGGACGGCGACGCGGGCGACACGGGCGGGCCGCGCAAGCUGCUGCAGAUGGACAGCGGCUACGCCAGCAUCGAGGGUCGCGGCGCCGGCGACGACGGGCCCAGCGAGGUGCCCGUCCCCGCGCGGCCCCCCAGCCCGCGCGCCUGGCCACGCCGCACCCCCCGCCGCGACUACAGCAUCGACGAGAAGACGGACGCCCUCUUCCACGAGUUCCUCCGCCACGACCCGCAGUUCGACGAGGCCUCCGCGCGCCACCGCGCACGCGCGCACCCCCACGCCCACACGCGCAAGCAGUGGCAGCAACGCGGCCGGCAGCACAGUGACCCCGGCGCGCGCGCGGCCCUGGCCCCGUCCCCGGCCGGCGGCGAGCCCCGCCCCGCGCGUGCACCGUUGCGCCGCGGCGACAGCGUCGAAGGCCCACUGCCGCCCACGCGCGUGGCCGGCGCGGGGCCCGAGGACGCGCCCGCCGCCAUCCCGGUCAUCGAGGAGGAGCCUGGCGGCGGCGGCAGCGGCUGCUCCAACUCGGGCCUAUGCCUCGAGCCCCCGGAGACGGUGCUGCACAAGCUGGCAGCGAGCCUCGACGAGAGACUCUUCCCUCCACGCCUCGUCCAGCCCUUCGCCAUGGCUCCAGCGCUGGCCACCGCCGCCCCCACGUCCCCCGACCACAGCCCGGCCUAAGCCUCGCGACCCGAGCCCACCUCUCGUUCCGGGGCCGCGCGAGGCCUCGGGGCGGGAGACACGGGGGGCCGCAAUGCCCCGGCGCGCACGUGUGGCCCGCCCCCGCCCAGAGUUGCGCGGCACUUGCACGCGUAGCUCGCCGGCCUCCUCGUGCCGCACCGGGGCGCACGUGCUCCGGCCCUGCCGGCGCGCAGUCUCGGGUCCUCGGGGUGUCUGGAGGCCAGAGGCUCGGGGACCGCGGGCUGCCGGGAGAGUUAAUUUCCUCAUCUUGGGCUUCCAAAGACAAGUCUAACUGUCUGUGGCCCUGGAUUGUGGCCUCGGGAUGGGGGUGACCGUUGUAAAAACUGUUAGGAGCUUCAGUGGCGGGUGACCUCCGUCAGAUGUAUGCGCAGGGUCUGCCACCCGAAGAGAUCCCGAGAGUCCUGAGGGCCAGUGGCGCCUCCAGGUGGUUCUGGGGCGCGGGGUCACUGCCCCCGUGCGCACGGACUGCCUGGGCCGCCGAGGAGCAGGCGCGAGCGCACCGUCCUGGAGUCUGCGGGAGGUUGGCCCGAGACCGUGCAGCCAGCUCCUUGAAGCCGUUUACCUCACCGCGGCGUGUGCUCGAGGCCACCUGCGCCCCCUCCGAGCAAUAACCGUGCCCGCUGCCGCCGCCGCUGCUGCUCCUGCCCGCACCCUGUGCCCACCCCCAACGGCUCCUCCCGCCUUCGUCUCCCACCUCCCGCAUCUGUUUCCCGCACGCUCCCUGCAUGUGAAAGGGCUGCCUGCUCCUGCAGCUGCGUUGUCCAAAGGAACCGAAAGGGCACCGCUCAGAGGGACGUUAAAAAAGAACCGAAAGCCCAAGGGUUCAAGUUUUCCCAAGCUUUAUUUAUUGCCAAAAGAUGGGGCAGCCCUCACCACCGCAGUCACUCUGCGAAGCUUCCUGCCCAGUGUGUGCACCAUCAGUUACGGUGUUUCCCGUUGUGUUUUUGUUUUCUGGUUGGUUAUAAAUAUUUACUGCAUACUCCGGUCUGCUCCAAGUUUUCUCUGGGGUUCCAGGAGCACAGUAGCC